CUCUGACCUCAGGGCUAAUCAGAGACAGUGAGACAAACUCCUCGCGAGAGGUGAGGUUGAAGCUGCCUCCGCCAUCUUGGAGAUGGGAGACGGGCGAUGGCUGUGGUCCUUCUGCUAAUGCAAACAACAAAACGGGCGCAAUAGCCAACCCGAGUGAGCUUAUCAUCACUGUAACUGUUGACCAAAGCUACAGAAGAAGCGAGGGUGUCAAAGCCCAGCGCGGCGACAUUGAUAGCAGCUUCUCCUGCCUGCGGGAGCGGCAGAAGUGAAGUGACUGAAGACCGGAAGGAUGGUGCAGUCCUGUUCCGCCUACGGCUGCAAGAACCGGUAUGAUAAGGAUAAGCCCGUUUCUUUCCACAAGUUUCCUCUUACUCGACCCAGUCUUUGCAAAAAAUGGGAGGCAGCUGUCCGUAGGAAAAACUUUAAGCCCACGAAGUACAGCAGUAUCUGUUCGGAACACUUUACUCCUGACUGCUUUAAGAGGGAGUGUAACAACAAGUUGCUGAAAGAGAAUGCUGUACCCACGAUAUUUCUCUGUACUGAGCCACAUGACAAGAAGGAAGAUCUUCUGGAGCCACAAGAACAGCUUCCCCCGCCUCCUUUAACACCUCCCAUUUCCCAGGUUGAUGCUGCUAUUGGAUUACUAAUGCCUCCUCUUCAGACCCCUGAUAAUCUCUCUGUUUUCUGUGACCACAACUAUACUGUGGAGGAUACAAUGCACCAGAGAAAAAGGAUUCAUCAGCUAGAACAACAAGUUGAAAAACUCCGAAAGAAGCUCAAGACUGCACAGCAGCGAUGCAGAAGACAAGAACGACAGCUUGAAAAAUUAAAGGAGGUUGUUCACUUCCAGAAAGAGAAGGACGACAUAUCAGAGAGAGGUUACGUGAUUUUGCCGAAUGACUACUUUGAAAUAGUUGAAGUGCCAGCAUAAAAAAAUGAUGUUUGUAUUGGUUUUUAAUGGGGCAACACCACACACCCUCUUCUAGCCUAUAAAGGAGUUUCAUUUGAAAAAAUAACAAUUGAUUACUUGUAUAAAAACAAUUCAGAAUAUUUUUUUAAAAAAAUAAAUUAGAUAUAUACUAUAAAAUUGUAAAUUUUUUGUUUGUAAUUUCAGGGUUUUUACAUUUUAACAAAAUAUCUUAAAAGUUAUAAACUAACCUCAGAACUCCAAUAUAAGUUGGUUUCAAAUUGAAGAGUUUUGUUUUUUGGGUAUUUAUAGAAAUGUAAAAAUGAAAAGUAAAGUGAAUGUGAACAGUAUAGCAAGGACAAUUUAAGUUUAAAAUGUAAAAUUAAUGCAGGUUAUUAAAAGAAUUUAGUUACAUUGUAAGUCAGAUCACGAGAUGUAACUUCUCAGAAUAUAUAUAUUCUUAUUCACAUAUUCUUAUUUGUAAAGUCAGAAGAUUUGUUUAUCUUUCUUAAGUACUUGUCAAAGAUAAAUUGACAAGUCAAUACUUAAAAAAAUAAAUUGGUUGUCUUCAGAGCAGAAAAUGAAGAGUCAUUCUAUAUCUAGUCAAUAUGAGUAAAUAAGUAUGAGUUUUUAAAAGUGGGUCCGUCUUUUUUUCCCCACUGUCUAGCAUUAUUAAAUUAGAAGCAUAUCUCCAGUGGAAGAGACAUUCUUCAAUAAAGUAGGCGUUGUUAUUAAUAAAGUAAUAAAAAUGGGGGGCCUGAUCCAUAGUAUGCCUUUUCUUUCAUUAUCCCCAACCUUAAGGAGCAUCUAGUUCUCAACUGUAUCCAAAUAUCUAACAAAUAUGUUGUGUCAGUAGAGUUUAAUUCGUACAAUAAUAUGACCAAUUGAUUUUGGUCACAUCUUCACAUAAAAAAGGAUUUCUUCACUUUUAACACAAGUUUGAAAUUAUAUCCCAUUUACUUGAGUGAUUUGUAUUCCAGAGCAACCUAAUAUGUAGUGUUUAUGUUACUGAAUGUUGAAAUUUAAACACUGAAGUUUCUAUUCAAACUAUGAGAUGUAUUCUGACUUUGUGAGAACUUUUAGUUACAUAUUUGAAAUGAAAAUAUGUUCUGAGUAAACAAAUACUGCCUUAGGAAUUACCUACUUAGAUUUAGACUAAUUGUUCCAAUUACGAUUAUUUUAUAUUUCAAAGUACACUGAGAUAGUUGAAGAGUAACAGGCCUUUUAAGGCAGUAUUAAAAAUAUGAAACAGUGACAUUCAAAAGUAUCUUUUGUAGAGUGGUUUUCAAUGUAAUUUACUGCUGUGCUACCAGUGGAUAAUACCUUGAUUUUUUAUGAACCAGUAUUUUAAAAAUAGAAAAUUAUAAUCAGAAGAUUAUUCAAAGUUAUAUGGUCUGAUAACAUAUAGAACUAACGCUAAUGAAUCAGAAGAUGUUUUCUAGUUACUCAUGGAUCUCAUCACUGUUUUGGAAACCCACAAAAUAGGUUGGUUUUAUAUUUCAUCUGUCUAGCAAUUCCUGGAGGAUAUAUGAGUAAACAUCUUGCAAAGCAUAUAUCUUAUUGUUAUCUACAUAAAAGGAAACGUGUGUGUGUUUGUGUGUAUGUGUCCCCCAAACCAAGAAUCCAAAAUUGAAUUGUAAAAGUGGCAAUCCUAAUUACUUAGCAUCUUAACAUUAUGAUUUAACCUGAAGUUUCUUUUCCUAACAAACAAAUCUCUAUUUGGAGAGAACUGAGCAAGCAGCAUGUAUACCAGCUGUUUGCAUUUAAAUAAAUAUCAUAGUUUAACAUAGGGAGUUUGAGGUACAGGUGGUUAUUUCUGAAUAUGAGAUGUAAUAUUUGGUAAAUGUUUUAAAAAUUCAUUUUGGCUACUGUAUUGUUUCUUACAUUGCCAGGUAAAGGAAAUAGGUCCUAUUCAAACAUGAUGAAACUCAUUCUGAAACAAAUGGACACAGUCUCAAUCUGGAACAAAUUGGGGGAAGACUCAUGUGAACUGCAGCAUAUUCUGAAAGAUGACAUUUAUUUUAAGUACAUACAGUAACGUACUAAAAUUUCCAUUUAUGUGUGAUGAUGUAAUCUGGCAAUAAUGGUGAGAAGAAAUAACUUCCUUAAUAAAACUGUUAGGAAAACUAUGAAAUCAUAGAAUUUUAGAAUCAGAAGGGACUUACAAAUGACUGAACACUAGUCUAACCUCCAAACCCUGCAGAAAUCUGUUUGUAAAAUAUCUGUGACAAGUGGUCAUCUGUUCUCUGAUUACUGUUUACAUUUAAGCAGUUAUUCUCAGAUUCUUUAAAAUGGGUUUCUGGAUUAGGAUAGAAUUAAUUGCCAUUCUUUUUAUACUUGGUUGUAGUGGAAAUAUAAACUUCACUUUGAACUGCUGCAUAGUUUGAACCAUCAAAUUCUGAGUUAAAGAAGUUUUAAAAUUUUGUAAAAUAAUUUAAAUGUUUAGUAACUGUAUAUCUGUUAUGUGAACUAAAAAUAAUUGUCAUUGCAGUAAAGAAACAGUGGUGUUUUAAAAUUA